AUACAGAUUGAAGGAUGAGUGAACUGGAACAGCUGAGGCAGGAAGCCGAACAACUGCGAAGUCAGAUCCAGGAUGCAAGGAAAGCAUGCAAUGAUUCAACGCUUAGUCAGAUCACAUCAAAUCUGGAGUCAGUGGGCCGGAUACAAAUGCGAACAAGACGUACUCUGAGGGGUCACCUCGCUAAGAUUUAUGCUAUGCAUUGGGGGUACGACUCAAGGCUGCUGGUCAGUGCAUCCCAAGAUGGAAAGUUAAUUAUCUGGGAUAGCUAUACAACAAAUAAGAUGCACGCAAUCCCGCUGCGGUCCUCUUGGGUGAUGACCUGCGCAUAUGCCCCCUCUGGGAAUUACGUUGCUUGUGGGGGACUGGACAACAUCUGCUCUAUCUACAACCUGAAAACCAGGGAGGGAAACGUGAGAGUGAGCCGGGAGCUGCCAGGACACACUGGCUACUUAUCCUGCUGCCGAUUUCUGGAUGACAGCCAGAUCAUAACCAGUUCUGGAGAUACAACGUGUGCUCUGUGGGACAUCGAAACUGCCCAGCAGACCACCUCAUUCACUGGGCAUUCUGGAGACGUGAUGAGCCUGUCUCUGAGUCCUGAUGUGAAGACUUUCAUUUCUGGUGCCUGUGAUGCCUCUUCCAAACUGUGGGAUAUUCGAGAUGGAAUGUGUCGACAGUCUUUCACUGGACAUGUGUCAGAUAUCAAUGCCGUCACUUUUUUUCCAAAUGGCUAUGCCUUCGCCACUGGCUCUGAUGAUGCCACUUGCCGGCUCUUUGACCUCCGUGCAGACCAAGAGCUACUGCUGUAUUCUCAUGACAGUAUCAUAUGUGGGAUCACUUCUGUGUCCUUCUCGAAAAGUGGGCGCCUCCUAUUGGCUGGUUACGAUGACUUCAACUGCAAUGUGUGGGACACACUGAAAGGAGACCGUGCAGGCAUUCUUGCUGGUCAUGACAACCGUGUCAGCUGCUUGGGAGUGACCGAUGAUGGCAUGGCUGUGGCAACAGGCUCUUGGGACAGUUUCCUUCGGGUCUGGAAUUAAAAGUGUUGUACAUAUUUUCUGUUCUCCAUUGCUACCUGGAGAAAUCAGUGCUACAGCCCCUAGCUGUGGAAAAAAAGGUCUAACUAGUAUUUGUUGGUGAAGGUUUUUCUCUUGAAAUUGCUGUAUACAAGAAGGAGCUUUUCAGUAAACUA